AUGCUCCCCCUUGCACGGCCCCGGCCCUCGGGCGAGGACUUGGGCAGCUCGCGGCGCCCCGCUCCGCAUCACUUACUCCGCUCCGGGUUUUGCCGCUCGCCCGGCCCGACAGCCCGUCGGGGGCGCGCUCGGCGCUGGGGCCGCGGCGGCGGCGCGCAGGGCGGGGUCGCGCCUCCUCCCGCGUCUCCUGUUUCAGCCGCUGCUACAGGGGCACCCAAGAUGGAAAUCCAGGGGCUGCUCGCGGCCCAGACCCCGCGCAGGAACCAACAUGGCGGCGGCGGCGCCGCCUGUCCCCGGCCACCUCCGCCUCCGCCGCCGCCCGCGGCCUCCCGAGCCUGCGGAGGGCCCCGCCCGCCGGCCGCCUCGGCCCCCGCGCGACGCCGCCUGCUCCUCCGGGGCCCCGAAGAUGGCGGGCCGCUGCUGCGGCGAGAGAAGCCGCCGCCGCCGGGGGAGGCCGAGGCCGCCUCCGCCGCCGCCGCCGACCUGAGCCUCCCGCUGCUGCUGCUGGACGAGAAGCCGCCGCCGCCCGGCCCGGCGGGCGACGCGGCCCCCCCGGCCUCCUCCCCGCAGCCCCCGCUUCUGGCGCCCGAGGCCGCCGGCGGCGGAGGCGACUCCUUCCUGGUGGUGUUCAACUUGGGGCGGGGAGCCGAGGCGGAGGCCGGCGCGGGGGCCGCCAAGCCCAGGCCCGGAGAGGCGGCGGCGGCGGCCGCAAUCAAGGACGAGGUUGGCGGCGGGGAGGCGCGGGGCGGCGCGAGCCCGGCCUCCCGCGCGCCCGCCCGGCCCCGCGAGCAGCCCGCGGCCGGCCCGGCCGCCGCCUUCUCGGGCACCAUCACCAUCAACAACCCGGCCGACCUGGGCCUGGCCGACCCCGUGGCCAGCUUCCUGCUGGCCGAGCCCGCGGCCAAGGGCCCCGCGCUGCCGCCGCCGCCGCAGCGGCAGCCGCAGCCGCCCCCGGGAGCCGAGAGCGGCGGCGCGGGCGGGCCGGGUGGCGGAGGCGCGGGCGUCGUGCUGGUCUACCAUUGCCCCGAGCCCGACUGCUCGCAGACCUUCCCCAAGAAGCACCAGCUGAAGCUGCACCUGCUGUCGCACAGCAACACGCAGGGCCAGCGGCCUUUCAAGUGCCCGCUGGACGGCUGCGGCUGGUCCUUCACCACGUCCUACAAGCUCAAGCGGCACCUGCAGUCGCACGACAAGCUGCGGCCCUUCAGCUGCCCCGCGGGCGGCUGCGGCAAGAGGUUCACCACGGUCUACAACCUCAAGGCGCACAUGAAGGGCCACGAGCAGGAGAACACGUUCAAGUGCGAGGUGUGCGCCGAGCGCUUCCCCACGCACGCCAAGCUGGCCGCGCACCAGCGCAGCCACUUCGAGCCCGAGAGGCCCUACAAGUGCGAGUUCCCCGGUUGUGAGAAGACGUUUAUCACAGUAAGUGCUUUAUUUUCCCAUAAUCGAGCCCACUUCAGAGAACAAGAACUGUUUUCCUGCUCCUUUCCUGGAUGCAAUAAGCAGUAUGAUAAAGCCUGUCGCCUGAAGAUCCAUCUGAGGAGUCAUACAGGUGAAAGGCCUUUCAUCUGUGAUUCAGAUGGUUGUGGCUGGUCCUUCACCAGCAUGUCUAAGCUUCUGAGGCACAAAAGGAAACAUGAAGAUGACCGGAGGUUUACAUGUCCUGUUGAAGGCUGUGGUAAAUCAUUUACAAGAGCAGAACAUUUGAAAGGCCAUAGUGUGACCCACUUGGGCACAAAGCCAUUCGAGUGUCCAGUAGAAGGUUGCUGUGCUCGCUUCUCUGCAAGAAGCAGUCUGUACAUCCACUCAAAGAAGCACCUUCAGGAUGUGGACGCUCUGAGAAGCCGCUGCCCGGUGUCCAGCUGCAGUAAGCUGUUCACCUCCAAGCACAGCAUGAAGUCUCACAUGGCCAAACAGCAUCACUUUAGUUCAGACCUCUUAAGCCAGCUUGAAGCUACAAGUUUUCUUACACCCAGCAGUGAACUUACCAGCCCAGCACAGAGCGAUCUUAGCAACAUAGACCUCGUGUCUCUCUUCUCUAACGUAUCUGGUAACAAUUCUGCAAUUACAACAGACAUGGCAUUAGUGAACUCUGGAAUUUUGACAAUAGAUGUUGCUUCAGUGAGCUCAACUCUUGGGGGGAACCUUUCUGUUAAUAAUAAUAAUAACUCCUUGGGGCAGGCUGUGGACCCAUUGAUACUGGUGGCCAGCAGUGACAUGCCUCACAGUCUUGAUAGCUCUCUGUUGCUGGGUACGACCGCCACAGUUUUACAACAAAGCACUUUAAAUUUGGAUGAUGUCCAGACUGUCAAUGCAGAAGCACUGGGGUCUCUGGCAUCUCUGUCUGUGAAGAACUCCGGUCAAGAUCUUCCUGCUCUGACAUCUAGCAAUAACUUAACAAUAGAGCCAGCCACAUUGACUCCAUCCAGCAGCCUCACUGGGAACAAUGUUCCUGGACUCCUGACGUCACUCAAAACUGAACAGGACUUACUUCCUGGCUCAGACAUUGUUGGACACCAGGAAGGAAGCAAAGUCGUGACUCAGUUUGUAUUCUCCAACCCAACAGCAGGCUACAGUGCUCAAAAAGAAAUGGAUCUCCACACAGUGCCCGGGAGCUCAUUUUUGGAAAGUGGGGGCUCAGCAAGAACUGAUUAUCGAGCCAUUCAGCUAGUCAAGAAAAAAAAAGAGAAAGGGCCGGGAAGCAGCACAGGGUCAUCAGGAUCAACUCAAAGGAAAUUAAAAGGUGGUAAAGUGAGCCCCACUGAUUUCUCCACAAGCUCUAGCAGUCGGUUAUGUGGAAGUAUCGUAGUGCCGAAUGGAGGCUUAGCCGUGCGAGACCCGGCCACCGGCGCUCAGUUUGUUCAGAUUCAGUUAUUGCAGGAUGAUCCCCCUGGCGAUGGAGACUCACCAUUUCAGCUCAGCUCUCAGUCUUCCACAUCACAUUCUCAACUUACUGUGGAUUUACCAGUACAUAUACUUCAGGAGCCACACACUUCAACUGAGGACGAUGCUGGUUCUGAUAACUCACAGUUCACAGGAAGCACAAUAAACUUGCAGGACCUAGAAUGAGACUAUUAAUAUUGCUUUGGGGUGGGGAGGGAUACAAAGAGUGCAAUCGUGCUAUGGAAAAUGGAAAAGAUGUUUCCUGAGCUUAAUUUAAUUUAAUUUUUAAAAAAAAUGUGAAAAAAUAUUGGAGCUAAUGCAGCUUGUUUUUUGGUUCCACACAGAGAAUUUCUUCAAAGGACUCUUGGAUGUAUCAAUAGAUAUUGUUUGCCUUCUGCUUGGACUGUUAGGAAAGGGUCCCUUGGGUUGGGUUGUAUGAAGCUGCCUUGCAAACUAGAAGGGCUACGCUAAAGCACUUUGAUCCAGUAACUUUCACCACUUUGGUUUGUGAAUCUGCCUUUCCAUUGUUGAACUUGAUCCACAAAUCAUUUGUUGCAUUAAAAAAAUGACAACUUUUGAGAGGAGGCAAAGAUUUAGGUCAGUCAGUAAAUAUGAGACUGUCUCUGGGUGCUUAGACUAGAAGGGAAGAAGGUGCACUGAUGCUGAUGCUGACCUUUUACUUGAGAGACGGCACGCCCUAAGCCCUCGUUAAGCUGUAGGCGAUUGUCGUCUGAUAGAGAAGAGACAAAACUCCAAGUCCUUGGAUUAGUCAUUGGAGAGGCGUUCCAUCCAUCUGUCCUUGUCACAUGUGUUGGUUGGCUCUUCCCAUUAAGGGAUGCCCUGGGGACAUCCAUAUUCCAAGUACUUGAACUGUGUAGGAUUAAAACUGAGAGUGACCCAAGAGGCCGUCUAAGCCAACCCCUUUAUUUACAGAGGAGGAAACUGAGGCCCAGAGGGUGUCACAGCAGCAUUUGAACCUAUGUCUUCCUGAUUCCAAGUCCAGCCUCUCUGUCCACUCUGCUGCACUGCCCGUGUUCAACAUGGCGUUACUUGUGCUGUAGCGUAAGGCUGCCCAAGCUGUCAUGAGGAAGUGAAGGUGUGAGCCCCAGUGUGGUGGCGCCAAGGACCUGGGAUUCUGUCUGUGUGCAGUCUCUGGCCCUAUCUCGUCUUGGGGGCCGGAGGUGAGCUUCCAAUAUUCAGCAGCACUGGCCGCUCCCUUGCACCCCAGCCCUGGCGGGUGAGGAGGUGCGGACUUCCAGCUGUGUGACAUCCCUUCAGUAUGCAUCAGCCUGUUUGGAACAAGAGGAAAAAGCAGGACCGUGAAGUGCACCUGGGAGUGGGCUUGUGGCCAUCCUGGUUUUCAUACGCCACGUAAAAUUUGGGCCAUAGAGUUUACCUUUUAAAAAAUUAAAUUUUGCAUUUGGAUUUUUACAUUUGUUGGUCACUUGACGGUGGUUUCUAAAGUGUGUCCUGAAUGCCUAUAAAAUUAUGUAUAGGACUUAA